AUGCUGUGGAUCAAGAGAGGACAAUUUGAGGAGGAUCUGCACGUCCCGGAGAAUCAGCGAUUGCCAGCUGGCGGAUGGGUGCAGUCCUUCUGCCGUGCGUACAACCUCAAGGAGCACCGACAUCAUGGUGAGGCUGUAUCAGUUGACUUGAAGGCUGUCGAGAUUGAGCACGCUCAUCUCUCUGUGAAAUUGAGAGAUUUCCAGCAGAAGGAUAUCUUCAAUUGGGAUGAAACAUCCUUUUUCCAUUGUAACUUCGCUGCCCAGCACCACUUAUCCACUGAGCAGAUGAGUGGGAAGAAGAAAGAUAAAUUCUGUAUCACGCUCGGAUUUCUCUGUAACGCUACCGGAACAGAGAAAUAUCCUAUCUUCUUUAUCGGUCGAUACAAGAGCCCACGCUGCUUCAAAGGUCAAGAUCCUCAAUUGCUUGGUUUCCGCUAUCGGAACAACAAGAAGGCAUAG